AUGCCUGGACUCAGACAUAAUGCCUGUGGAUGCGCGUGCGCUAAUGGAGGUGGUUGCGGGAGCAGUGGCCCGCGCAAGAGGACGGCGUAUAUUGCGCUCGGGAGUAACAUGGGGGACCGUGUUGCCGAAAUUGAGCGUGCGUGCAACGAGAUGGAUCGUCGUGGAAUCAAGGUCAAGAGAACUAGUAGUCUCUGGGAGACGGAACCUAUGUACGUUACCGACCAAGACCGUUUUGUCAACGGUGCGUGCGAGGUUGAGACGGAACUGGAACCUAUAGCUCUACUGGAUCAACUCCAAUCCAUUGAGAACGAUAUGGGACGCAAGAAAGUCAUCGAUAAGGGUCCGCGUAACAUCGACCUAGACAUUUUGCUCUACAGUGACGAGACAGUCGACCACGAGCGUCUCAAGGUCCCCCAUAUUGGAAUUCUGGAGAGAGAAUUCGUGUUGAGACCCCUGGCCGAACUCAUCCCAGCCAAGUCACUCGAUCCGAGAAAACCAUGGAAGCUCAUCCAGAAUAAUCUAAAUGAACUACCUCUAGGCGAGCCCCUCUCUUCCAUGACGCCACUCUCUACACGGGCAGGAUCUUUGACGCCUCUGGUUGGCAAGAGGAAGACCCAAGUUAUGGGUAUUCUCAACUUGACGCCUGAUUCUUUUUCAGAUGGAGGUCGUCAUGAUCGAGAUAACCUCGCCCAGACCAUCUUAAAUAUGGUCAAGAAUGGAACGUCUAUCAUUGAUAUUGGCGGCCAGUCUACUGCUCCCGGGCGACCAGAAGUUUCGGCCGAGGAAGAAGCAUCUCGUGUUGUGCCUGCUGUCGAGCUCAUCCGCUCACUCCCCGAAGCUCGUGAUGUGGCUAUCAGCAUCGACACGUAUCGUGCAUCCGUCGCUGAGCAAGCCAUCGCCAGCGGUGCAGACAUCAUCAACGACGUAUCCGCUGGGAUGCUAGAUUCAGAAAUGCUCUCUACCGUUGCCCGCCUUCAGAAAACAAUCUGUCUGAUGCACAUGCGCGGCACACCACAGACCAUGACAAAACUAACCUCGUAUCCAGAAGGUCUAAUCCCCACCUUAGCAUCCGAGCUUCUCUCUCGCGUAGCAGCGGCCGAGGAAGCGGGUAUCCGCCGGUGGCGGAUGAUUCUGGACCCGGGCAUCGGCUUCGCCAAGACGGGAGAGCAAAACCUCGAGAUAUUGCGGAGGCUGGAUGAGCUUCGGUACUGGCCCGGACUAGAAGGUCUUCCGUGGCUCGUUGGCUCGAGUCGCAAGGCUUUUGUCGGGAAAAUCACGGGGGUCACGGAACCGGCGCAGCGGACAUGGGGAACGGCAGCGACGGUAGCGGCGGCGGUACAGGGCGGUGCGGAUGUGGUGAGGGUGCACGACACGGCUGAGAUGGGGAUGGUGGCUAAGAUGGCUGAUGCUAUUUGGAGAGCAUAG